AUGAAGUUCUCUAUUAUGGUCCUCUCGCUGGCCGCGUGUGUAACGGCGCUGCCUGCGAGCCAGCCAAAUCGCCUGGAGAGUACCAGCGCGGAUGAGUCCUACUUGCCAAUGAAGGCUCGCGCGGAUACGAGCGCCGAUGAAUCGUAUCUCCCGAUGAAGCGCACAGAGAAGAGCGCCGACGAAUCGUAUCUUCCGAACAAGAGGACGGAGAAGAGCGCUGACGAGUCGUACCUCCCCAACAAGAGGGCGGACACGAAUGCCGAUGAAUCAUAUUUGCCUAUGUGA